GUCACUUAAGACUGUUCCAGACUGCGCGUGAUGAUAGAGACAGGUCCCCCUUUAUCUCCACGCCCGGUGGUGCUUCGCAAAGUGUCUGCCGAGGAGACCAUGUCAGCCGCAAAAACGCACAGCAAAAGAGCCAGCCAAUAAACGGUGGAACAGGGCGUUUUUCUAUCAAAAGCACUUUGCGCGAUUUACUUUAUAGUAAAGCUCCCCGAAACUAUUGCACUAGGAGGAUGCGCGCGGAUUCGAUAGUACUCUGGAUCCUGUGGGGUUUUACUGUCUCGUUUACAGUUAGCCAUGGCGCAAGAGUUGUGAGUGGUCAGACAGUGUGUCAGGGUGGGCCUGAACACCCAUGCUAUAAGAUUGCCUACUUCAGGGACGUGUCAAGCCGUGUGGCCUUCUGGGAGGCCCAGCGGGCGUGCGAGGUGGAUGGUGGCUCACUGCUGAGCGUGGAGAAUACAGCGGAGCAGCAGCACGUCGAGCGCCUGCUGCAGGAGCUCAGCAGCUCAGCCACAGGCGGGAGCGAGGGCACCAGCCCCAGCAUUGCUGAUGGAGACUUCUGGAUUGGCCUGACGCGUGCCGACGAGGAGAGCCCCCAGGAGCAUGGCAGCUUCGCCUCCUGUCCAGACUUGUACAGGUGGACAGACGGGAGCGUGUCACAUUUCAGGAACUGGUAUUAUGAUGAGCCAUCGUGUGGAGGGGAAGCUUGUGUGGUGAUGUACCAUCAGCCCUCUGCUGUCCGUGGCCUGGGUGGACCAUACCUUUAUCAGUGGAAUGACGACAGGUGCAACAUGAAGCACAAUUUCAUCUGCAAGUAUGAACCAGAGAGUCACCUUGUGAAGGAACAUGGAGACAGACCUGGAGGCCGUGAUGCAGAUAUUUUAGAAGAGCAUGAAGAUAACAGCAAAACCCCUGCAGUUAAUGAGGAAGAAAGCCUUCACGUCAUGGUGGCAGGACCUUCAAGCACGCUAUUGAUUUACGUCAUCAUCCCCACUAUUCCUGUACUCCUGCUGAUCCUCGUCGCCUCGGGGACCUGCUGCUUCCAGAUGCUAAGCAGGAGAAAAUCACGGACCAAAACAAGCGUGAACCAGUCAACGCUCUGGAUCUCCAAGACACCAAAGUCCGACAGUGCAAUGGAGGUCUAAAAGAAAAUUUGCAUCCUCCCGCGAGCUAAGCAUGGGAGCAGACGUUUCCGCAGUCUAACACACUUGUUUGUCAAGCCGUAAGUUGUAUGUGGUCUUCUAUGACAAUGCAAUAUACAUUUCACUGUCCUGUGAUAUUUCUCAGCGAUGGCCUUUGCUCCUCUUCCCUGAAAUGCCUCUCUCACCAGUCAUUUGCACCAUGGAGAUGUCCUUUUCUUCCUGCAGCCCUUCCUCUGCUAGUGCUCUUCUUCCUCCAGCCUCCUCGUUCAUUCUGCUCUCCAUCUGUCCAUCAGACGGAAUGAUAAGUGUGAACGGUUGGAUGCGGUGGGAAGACUAGCACUAAUUGGCACGAAAUGCAGAGACCGAUUAAAUUAAGAUUAAGUUAAUUAAGAUGAGUGUGAAUGGGACCCACAUGAAAAGACUUUUAAGUCCCAACUGACAUGAAAUGAAGGUGGCAACCAACUAAAAAAGAAAUUACAGCAGGAAAAAUCUUCUUAGGGGAGAAAGUGCAUGGCUGCCUCAACUCCACAAAUUAAGUCACUGUUUUAGACUAAUUGAGUGGAGUGGUUCACCGCAUAAGAUCCAUCGGGUUGCUGCUAAAAACAGAUUCAUAUAUCUCAGCAUUGGUGCUUCGGGGUCUGGCACUGCGUCACCAACUUCAGAUGAAGCCCAUCAGUUAGAACAAGGGGACACACCUUUUGGGUAGUGGAUGUGGCUGUAGUGGAUGUGGCUGGAUUAAUGAGAUUACAAGAGCUCAUGGGAAGCGUGCAGGCAUACUAAACAAACAUAAAUAUUUUUCUAUGAUCUGUUGCCAAUUCUGACAAACUCACACCAAUCACUCAUAUAUACAGUAAUUUGCAUGCCAGUUUCAUUAAGAAGUUAGUAAUAUUUGUUCACUGCAGUACAAAUUUCUACCAUUUUCGAAAACUGCAUAUAUAAAACUGGCAAAUAUCUGUGCAAUUUCAAACACAUUGUAUUAAAUAGAAUAAAUUCCAUAAUACAAAUAUACCUAGUGAAAUUUGUCUGUUGAUAAUAUGCUUGUAAACCGCAUUGUGUUUUCUGUUUCUAGGAGUAUAGAUAUAGUGUAUGUGUAUUUGACUUUUUGGGGGGUUUGUU